ACAGUCAGGAAAGCUUGAAGUCAGUCUGUAGGCAAUUCCUCCAAUGACAAAUUAAAACACCCAUUACUCCUAUUUCGAUCUGUGGGAAUCCCGGCGGAAUUUUGGAUUUAUUUAAAAACAUGGGAUUUGAGUUGGAUCGGUUUAAAGGGGCUGUGGACCCAGAUUUUAAAUGCAACUUGUGUAAUAAAGUUCUAGAAGACCCGCUCACUACUCCGUGUGGUCACGUCUUCUGCGCAAACUGUGUGCUGCCUUGGGUUGUCCAGCAAAGCAGCUGCCCCGUCAAAUGUCAAAGGAUCUCCACGAAAGAGCUGAACCACGUUCUCCCCCUGAAAAACCUGAUUCUGAAGCUGGACAUAAAGUGUGACAACCAUGCCAGAGGCUGUGAAAAAGUGGUAAAGCUGCAACAUCUAGCAGAGCACGCCGAGAUGUGCGAUUACUCACCGGCCAAAUGCAGGAAUAAAGGAUGCAACGAGGUGCUCGAUCUGAAGGACAUGGAUGCCCAUAUGCGCGAAUCGUGUGAUUACAGACCGGUCGGGAUAUGCCACAGUGGAUGUGGCUUGAUGCUCACCCACAAAGAGCAAAAACUAGACACCCAUUGCUGUUUGAAAGCCAUGAAAGCACAUAAUAGUGCAUUGCACGGGAAGGUGGUCAGCUUGGACAAAGAGUUCAAGAAGCAAUCUUUGAAAUCAAGUAAAAGAGAGAAAUCACUUCUUGCUCAACUCUCCGCUGUGCACAAUGAACUACAAAUGACAGCACUGAAGUAUCAGAAAAAAUUCACUGAAUACAGUGCAAGGAUCGAUUCGCUGACCAAGACCCUUGCUCCCCCGUGCAAGGGCGGGGAGACCAAAAACGUCACAGCCAUCCUUCAUCGGAAGGGAGGUUCUCUGGGCUUCAACAUCGUGGGAGGACGACCAUGUGCGGACGACCAUGUUAGCACUUCGAAUGAAGGAAUUUUUGUAUCCAAGAUCAUUGAGAAGGGACCAACAGACAAGGAGGGAGGCCUUCAGAUCCACGACAGAAUAAUGGAGGUGAAUGGGAAGGACCUGUCCAAGGUCACACAUAACCAGGCGGUGGAGGUUUUCCGCACGGCCAAGGAGCCCAUCAUGGUCCAAGUGCUUCGCCGGGUCCCCCGCCCCAAACCCUCCAUCCCUGCCUCAGACACCCAGGUGGUAGACAUCAGCACCCAGACAGACAUCACCUUCCAACACAUCAUUGCCCUCACCAAGCUCCCUGCCGCCGCCCCCACCGUGGCUGUACUGGAGCAAUACCUAAUGCCUGAGGAGCAUUCCCCUGGGCACGAGUACUUUGACCCCAAUGAUUUCCUGGAGGGCAUGCAGCUGGAGAUGGAGCGAGAGGAGCUGGAAUAUGAGGAAGUGGAUUUGUACAGAGCCAACAUCCAGGACAAGCUUGGUUUGACUGUCUGCUACAGGACUGACGAUGAGGACGAGACUGGGAUCUACGUCAGUGAGAUUGACCCAAACAGCAUCGCUGCAAAGGAUGGCAGGAUCAGAGAGGGAGAUAGAAUUAUCCAGAUCAAUGGAAUUGAGAUCCAGAACCGAGAGGAUGCUGUGGCUUUGUUGACCAGUGAGGAGAAUCAGAAUGUGUGCCUACUGGUGGCCAGACCAGAGAUCCAGCUGGAUGAGGGUUGGAUGGAUGACGACAGGAACGACUUCCUGGAUGACCUCCACAUGGACAUGCUGGAGCAGCAGCACCACCAGGCCAUGCAGUUCACCGCCAGCAUGCUGCAGCAGAAGAAGCAUGAGGAGGAUGGUGGAACAACGGACACAGCCACCCUGUUGUCCAACCACCACGAGAAGGACAGUGGGGUUGGCCGCACCGACGAGAGCACGCGCACCGACGAGAGCACGCGCAAUGACGAGAGCUCUGAGCAGGAGAACCUGGGGGACGACCAGACCACGGCCUCCAACACGCUGGGCAGCCGCAGGAUGCUGACCUAUAGCCAGGACACCCUGGGUAGCACUGACCUGCCCUUCAGCAGUGAGUCCUUCAUCUCUGCAGACUAUGACCAUGCUGACUUCCUGGGUAUCCCCGCCGACGAGUGCGAGCGCUUCCGAGAGCUCCUGGAGCUGAAGUGCCAGGUGAGGAGCGCGGGGGGCCCCCAGGGCCUGUACUGCCAGAGUGCCGGGUCCGGAAGUGCCGAGGAGGGGGUGGACAAGGAGCUGGACAUCCUGAACGAGGAGCUGCGCAGCAUCGAGCUUGAGUGCCUCAACAUCGUCCGGGCCCACAAGAUGCAGCAGCUGAGGGAACAGUACCGCGAGUCCUGGAUGCUGCACAACAGCGGCUUCCGCAACUACAACACCAGCGUCGAUGUGCGCCGCCACGAGCUCUCCGACAUCAACGAGCUGCCCGAGAAAUCGGACAAGGACAGCUCCAGCGCCUACAACACCGGAGAGAGCUGCCGCAGUACCCCCCUCACCCUGGAGCUGUCCCCAGACAACUCUCUCUGCAGGGGGGCAGAGAACCAGGGCGAGCCCGGGGCCUACAGCAGCGCAGGGCUCAACAACAGGAUCCUCAAGCCCCUGCUGUCUCCUGUCCAAGAAUCCGAUGGCCCCAGCAGAAUCAGGCCCUCCUCCUCUAAGGAGUCUGAGUGUGGCCUGCAGGCGGAGGAGACGGAGUGUAAGCUGGGAGAGUCUACUCACAAGCUGGCCCAGCCCCGCUCCCCAUACAAACAUGCCCACAUCCCGGCACACGCCCAGCACUACCAGAGCUACAUGCAGCUGAUCCAGCAGAAGUCUGCCGUGGAGUACGCUCAGAGCCAAAUGAGCCUGGUCAGUCUGGUCAGCCGCGGUGACCCUGUGACCCCCGGAGACAUGCUGGAGCCCAAGAAGGAGUGGAAGGUGAAGAUCCGCAGCGAUGGCACACGCUACAUCACCAAGAGGCCCAUCAGGGACAAGCUGCUGAAGGAGCGCGCCCUGCGUAUCCGCGAGGAGCGCAGCGGCAUGACCACAGACGAUGACGCCAUCAGCGAGCUGAAGAUAGGACGGUACUGGAGCAAGGAGGAGAGGAAGCAGCAUGCGGUGCGCGCCAAGGAGCAGAAGCAGCGCCGCGAGUUCAUGAAGCAGAGCCGCGCUGACUGCCUGAAGGAACAGGCCAGCCUGGAUGACGACAAGAAGGAGCCCAACAUCAUCGAGCUGAGCCACAAAAAGAUGAUGAAAAAGAGGAACAAGAAAAUCUUUGACAAUUGGAUGACUAUCCAGGAACUUUUGACCCAUGGUGCUAAGUCGCCUGACGGCACGCGAGUGUACAACUCCCUCCUGUCCGUCACCACAGUGUAGUAGGCAGACAGGACAGGACAGGACAGGCCUGGGGUGUAAUGUACUGUAAAUAGGACACUACCGAUUGGGGUAGAGAUUCCUGCCUCGUUCAAUGUGGCAACAUUUUGUAAAUAUAAAACAGGUAAAGCCUUUCUGAAGGACCUUUUGGCCCCUGCGGGUGGUUGAGGGAUACUUUACAGAGUGUUCCAUGGAUGGACGUUGAAGAUUAUAAUUGACAGGAUAAGGAUGAUAAAAGACUGUUUUCAAAUGCUUUCAAUAACUUUCCCACUGGGCACAGAUGUCAAUUCAACGUCUAUUCCACAUUGGUUCAACGUAAUUUCAUUGAAAUGACGUGGAAAUAACGCUUAAUCAACCAGUGUGUGCCCAGUGGGUUUCUACCUUUGUUCUGUGUGUCAAGACGGUGUGUCAAGACCGUGUGUCAAUCCAACAUUUACAUAUUUUGUUGUUUUAUUAUUUUUUUAACAAAUAUCUCUUAUCAGUAUUUUACUGGUAUACACUAUAUAUACAAAAGUAUGUGGACACCCCUUCAAAUUAGUGGAUUCGGCUAUUUCAGCCACACCCGUU